AUGAGUCGACCAACGGCUUCGGGGCCCAAGGGCAGGACUCUGCAAGUUCCGGCAAUGCCAAAUGCAGCAGUACCUAUGCAGACGUCAGAGCUGUCAGCAGCUGUUUGGCCGGGGACAAACAGUGGAACCACAGAUCUGGCCAGCUACUUUGAAUGUCCUGUGUGCUUUGAUUAUGCUCUACCUCCUAUCAUGCAGUGCCAGAGCGGCCAUAUUGUAUGUCAGUCAUGCAGACAGAAGCUGAACAUGUGUCCAACAUGUCGUGGGCCACUGGGAAACAUUCGAAAUCUGGCAAUGGAGAAGGUGGCAGCUUCUGUUCUGUUCCCAUGUCGUUACUCAAACAACGGCUGUUUGUCAACACUACUUCACACAGAGAAAACGGAGCAUGAGGACACGUGUGAGCAUAGACCGUACACAUGUCCCUGUCCUGGAGCCUCCUGCAAGUGGCAAGGCUCACUGGAGCAGGUCAUGCCUCAUCUUAUGCAGUCUCAUAAAAGCAUCACAACUUUACAAGGUGAAGAUAUUGUCUUUCUAGCCACAGACAUCAACCUGCCAGGGGCUGUGGACUGGGUUAUGAUGCAGUCCUGUUUUGGGCACAACUUCAUGCUGGUGUUGGAGAAGCAGGAGAAGAUUGACGGCCUUCAGAUGUUUUAUGCCAUUGUACAACUUAUAGGCACCCGCAAACAAGCCGAGAGUUUCAUUUACAGAUUAGAGCUGAAUGGUCACCGACGCAGGCUGACCUGGGAGGCCGCCCCUCGGAGCAUCCACGAUGGGAUCCAGUCGGCCAUAGCCAGUAGUGAUUGCCUUGUGUUUGACACCAACAUCGCCCAGCUGUUUGCUGACCACGGCAACCUGGGCAUCAACGUGACCAUCACCAUAUGCGACAGAUAG